AUGUCCCGGUUGAAUGCAGCGACUGGCACGUCGGAGAUGCGUAGUGAGUCGGAGAUUCCGCAACGUCAGUACACUGUGGACCGUGUGACGAGUGCGCGUCGUGCGGUGUCUUGUGUGCGUUCGACGACGGUGGUAUCUCGCUUCGAGAUGGAGCGUCAGGAGUUGGAGAAGCGGUUGGUGUCUAGUCGCGUGUUGGAGGACUCGACGGGGGCGGCGACGACGAAUACAAGUGUCUCAGCAUGGGUGGCUGAGUAUGGGGCGGAUAGCGUGGGCUACGACGAGUUUGGGGAGUUCCUAAUUAAGCGCGUUGAAGUGCAGACGGUGGAGCAAGUGACGAAGGAAGUGCGUACGGUUGAGCGGAAGGAGACGGUGGUGGAGCGGAAGGUUCCUCACUACGAGGACCGAGUAGUGGAGGUACCCAGGCCCGAGACGAGGAAGCGCGACGUCGUGAAGGAGGUGGAGAAGGUGGUUGAGGUAGAGGUGCGCAAACCAGUUACGCAGGUGGUGGAACGUCCGGUGCCGAAUUACAUCAAAAAACCUGUGAUUCAAGUGGUGGAGGUGAAGAAAGAGGUGGAGGUGGCGGGUGAAGUGAUUGAAGUACCGAAGCCGUACACCGUCGACCGGCCCGUAGUGGUGCCCAAGUACUUGGACAAACGCGUACCAGUCGUCAUUGCCCAGGCCUUCUUCCCGAUCAUUGUGGAGGCUAGCGAAGACGUCUUCGUCGACGUCGAUGCUCGUAUCAUCAGUUUCGCCGUUCAACAGCGGGAUGUCUACGUACCGUUGCCAGUCCAACGGUCCAUGUACUUCGAGUCCAUGGUGACGCAACACCGCGCCGUCGCCUCGCACUUGGUUCCCGGCUGCCAGAUAAACAGUCUCGUCCGUGCACUGAACGACAGUCUCACCUUCGACGAGGCCUCCGACCUCUUCCAGUACGGUCCUAGCCGCGGAGGCAAGUUGACGCAAACCACCAGUAGAGGCGGCGUCUACAUGCACUCCGGAAUUGGCUCCUACGCCGUGCCACUUCAAGACGACAAGACUGUCAUCUCCAAGGUUGCCAACGUCCAGCAGCUCACUCCUCAUCAACUCAUUGCACAACACAAACAGCAUCUUGUCCCCGGCCACAGCUACACCGGCGCCCACUAUACUUCUAGCGGAAACUAUACCUCUGGCGGAAACUAUACGUCUAGCGGAAACUAUGCGUCUGCUGGCAACUACGCCAGCCCCAACAGCUACACAAUGGGACAGAGCACGACUACCAAUUACCAUCCCGGUCAUGUGACGACGAGCCAGGUCACGACGAGCAAGACCACCACUACCACUCUCGGCGGCACUCUCGGAGGCACUCUCGGCGGCACUCUGGGAGGCGCAACCGCGGCCGGUGGCGCGAACACUAUCUUAACCACUGCCCUCGGCAAUACUUCUACCCUCGGCAAUACUUCUGCCCUCGGCAAUACUUCUGCCCUCGGCAAUACUUCUGCCCUCGGCAAUACUUCUGCCCUGGGCACCUUCGGAGCGAGCCAUACUCACGGAGCCAGUCAUGCACCCAGCGCGGGAACGAGUGCGGCUGGAAGCACAACCCUUGGAGCGACGAUGGGAGCUGGCGGCGCGGGCUCUUCGCUCGGGUACUUCGCGACGAGACUGGCUUCUCAAUCCCCCAACCAUAAUGCGGUGCAAAAUGAGGUGUUUUCAAUGAACUACGGCGAGUCACAAAAGGGCCAGCGAAUAGCUUCCCAGUUCCUCCAGCCCUCCAUUGAAGUCCAGAAUGUAGGCUCGCACAACGCCAGCGUCGUAAGCAGCGAGGACGGAGACGACACCUUGACCGUGGACAUGGAGCCAGCGAGCCUGUGUGCGGUGGAAAGCGUGGCAGCCGAUGCCGAGCAGGACAGCGAGGAGGUGGCAGCUGAACCCGCCGCGAGUAAGAAAGGCAGUCUGGUCGACUGGGUACGGGACAACUUGCUCAGUGAACUUAUAAGCCAGUAG